UUGUUUAGUCUACUAUCAUCAACUUCUUUUCACAGAGAGAGAGAGAGAGAGGCGCUAAUUAAGUAAGGCAAAUGCAAAAUCCUCUUCUCAUCUUGCUCCCCAUCCUUCUCCAUCUCACUGUUACCAUCUUCACAACCCAGCGCACGUUAGCCACCGAAGAGCCGGCAUGCCGGACAAAAUGCGGCCGAUUAGCAAUCAAGUACCCAUUUGGCACCGGUUACGGCUGCGGCUCCCCCCGCUUCCACCCAUACAUAACAUGCACACCCGGUGGCGACCACCUCCUACUCACCACCCGUGCCGGCUCUUACCCUAUAACCUCCAUAUCCUACGCCAACUCCACCUUAACCAUCACCCCACCCUCCAUGUCCACUUGCACCGCCAUGCACCCCUCCGCCUCACCCUUCAACUUGGGCCUUGACUGGACCAGCCCAUUCCAACUCGGCCCAUCAACCUUCAUCCUCUUAUCCUGCGCACCACCCACCUCCUCCUUAACCAUAAACGGCACCCCAAUCUGCGACCCCUCCUCUACCCCUUACCUCUGCGCCACCAUCUACACCUGCCCGGCCGUCACCGCCCUCGGGCUGCCGCUUUUUCCGGAAACCAACACCUGUUGUGUUUACUCUCCGGCCAACCUAGACGACGAUAAUGAGCUGGAACUCGAUGCGAUGGGGUGCGCAGGGUACGCGUCGGUGGUGGAGCUAGGCGGUGUGCCGACGGACCCGGCGCAGUGGGAGUAUGGGGUGGAAGUGAAGUAUACAAUGGGUGGGUUGGACAGUUACAAUAUUGACCCUAACUGUCGUGGAUGUGAGAUGAGUGAUGGUGUGUGUGGGUAUGCACCUCCGAGUAAUUCGUUUUUGUGUGUUUGUAAGAAUGGUUACAAUACAUCUACGGACUGUUACAGUUCUAACUUGGACCAAGCCAUGUUUCUCAGCUCUACUUCUCACUCAACUUGGAAAGUUGGUCUGGGGCUUUUGGCUAGUAUGAUCUUCUGGACAGCAGCUUGAGAGACACAGUUUUUUAUUAUUACGAUUUAUUUGCGUUAAACCUUUAAAAUCUGUAUUUGGUAUGGCGAAAAAUGUGAAGAACGAGAAUUUUUAUCAGAUGAAAUAAAAGUGGGAAAAGAGCAUCUUGCUUU